AUGCCUCAUCAUCCUACUCAUAAUUAUCCUAAAAAUGUCAAGAAGCUUGACGCCCAAGAUGGUACCCCCGUCACCGUUGCGGGCGUCGGAUUCAACAGCUUUUUCUCAUCUGCUAUGCCGACGGUCAUCGACGCAAGCACAUCUGGAGGCGAGGGCAGUAUCGAAGCCAACGUCUAUAUCUGCACUUCGACACAACAGGUGCUGAAUUCACUGGAAAUUGACGCUUCCAUAGCAGUUAGCACUCCCUGGGCUUCUUUCAAGGAUAGGCUUGAGUUUGUAAGCUCACUCAAAACCACCACGACCACGGUUGUCAUAUUAGCUACUGCAACUUUGGUGAGGGAUUCGUCAAGUGUAACCGGGGCUACCUUCUAUACCCCUUUUACCAAAGCCGCAGACCUUUACGCACGUGGGGGUGACUCGUAUGUUUCGUCCAUUGCGAGAGGUGGCCAGUAUAUGGCUGCUUAUAGUUUCCAUGCUUAUGACGAGGAGACAUUCCAAUCACUCAUCAAUUCGGCUGAUGCCAACUUUUCGGGCCUAACCUCUUCGUUCUCUGCUUCUUUUGAUACAAGCAUCAAGAAUAUCGCACAAACAACCAAUGUAACUUCGCAGUUUGAUCAGAAGGGAGUGGGGUUCUCGGCCUCCCGGCUUCCUACACAAGACAAACUCGUGGACUUUGUUCUCAACUUUGGUACCAUGGAACUGGACGCUCCUGCUCUCAUUUCGUUCGCCACUACGCCUUAUCGGAGCAUCCCAGGCUGCCCAAGUGAUUUUGAUCAGAUCUAUCAGUACCUGAAUGAGUAUAUUGACCCAACCAUGAGUGGUAAUGGCUAUUCCGAUAUCGAAUUCCUGGCCAAAGAGAGCCUGGCUAUCAUCAAGGACGUUGCGCAGACAUACAACUACUAUGGCCUCGGCUCCAUCGACCCGCGGUUUGACACCAUUCCCUCCGACCUCCACGAGAUCGUGGAUUCGAUCUCGACUUGGAGAAAAGAAGUCGACUCGAAUCCGGUUAGCACGACAAUAAAUCCCCCCGCCAUUAACACGGCAAACCUGCUACAGCCGACUGCCAACUUUGCGCUCAUACCUGGCUCUUUUGUCGCUGGAGGUGACGGCGGGGGCCCAUUCCAAGACAUUACUCCGCACAUGAUACCAUGGGGCAUCGCUCCCGCGAGCAUUACGAUCUGGGGCGAUUCUAGCAGUUGGCUCUCUCGCAUCCAGAUGACAUGGGAAACGCAAGAUCCCAAUCAACCUUCUUUCACUCAUAGUUGGGGCUUAGGCCAGCUAGGCAUAGGUUAUCCAACUAUACAACUUGGGCCUGGCGAGAAGAUUACCCAGCUUGACAUGGACACCACCCGCCAACUCUUCCUUCGUCGGCUUUUCCGGCCGGGGGGGGGGGGUUAUAUCGACCAGAUCUGCCCCGUCUACGUACAAUUCGCCCCCGCGACCUGGACCAACCCCUACGUCUCCAGCAAGCUGUUUUCCCCAACGCAGCUGCCUCACUUUCCCACCCAGCUGACCCAUUUCCCCCCGGAGAGCGAUCUCGUGCCUAGUUAUCCAGACCACCCCUCCGACCGCUCCCCCAACGAAGAAGAAGUCCUCUCACUCAUCGGAAACUGGGCGCAGGCCAACUACAGGACCAUACAACAGGUCUACCUCCAGCGCGGCGGCUGGGAGGGCUGGAUGCAGGUCAACAUCGCGAUGCUCCUUAACGAAUACUACCCCAACGUGAUCUUGCAGCGCGAAGAGCACGUCUACACUGGCUCUAAUAUGCGCGCCGACCUGACCUUCAAGAUUGCCGGUGAGCCGACCCAGGUGGUUGAGCUGAAGGUCGAGUCGCUCUGGCAAGACGCUAGUGCUGGCGUGAGCGGCUUCUUGGCAGCCUACAAGAAGGACAUUGAUAAGAUCUCGAAUAAUCAGUUGGUGGCGAGCCUCCGGCCGGCGAAGAUGUAUGUCAUUGGGCUCACGUGCAAGGAUCAGGUGUUCCAGUAUAUGCGGAAUCUGAGUAAUUGGUAUCCGUACGCGAACGCGUUUAAGUAUACGUGCCUGGUGCCGACGACGGGAACGGAGGACGCGCUUUAUAUGUGGUGGGUUGUGAAGAGUCGAAGGGCGGGAGUGUGGCGUGGCGGUGAGAGGGCGGGGAGAGUAGAGAGGGAAGAGGAUGAGGGGGUUUGA